GCCGCGGCGCUCUAUAAAAGCCCCCCGGGCCCGGAGGGAGGGGACCGCGGCAGCGGAACGGGGCGCGGGCGGCGGCACCAUGGCCCAGUCCGUGUGGGGCUACGACAGCGACAACGGACCCGAGCGCUGGCACGAAAACUACCCCCUGGCCAAGGGCGACAAGCAGUCGCCCAUUGAGAUCAACAGCAAGGACGUGCAGCACGACUCCUCUCUCUCCUCCUGGCACGCCAGCUAUGACCCCGGGGCAGCGAAAACCAUCCUGAACAACGGGCGCACCUGCCGAGUCGUCUUCGACGACACUUUUGAUCGAUCAGUGCUGAGGGGGGGCCCGCUGAGCGGCGCCUACCGCCUGCGCCAGCUGCACCUGCACUGGGGCUCCUGCGACCAGCACGGAUCCGAGCACGUCAUCGACGGCGUCAAGUAUGCGGCAGAGUUACAUAUGGUGCACUGGAACCCAAAACACGGUAAUUUUGCUGGAGCUUUAAAACAACCUGAUGGCGUAGCUGUUGUGGGAAUUUUUCUGAAAGUUGGGCAAACCCCCAAACCAGAGAUGAAGAGAAUUCUUGAAGAAAUUGAAAAUAUUAAGACUAAGGGGAAGGAGGCUCCUUUCCUGCACUUUGAUCCUUCAAUUCUUUUCCCCAAAUCUCGUGACUACUGGACCUACCAUGGUUCAUUCACCACACCCCCUUGUGAGGAGUGCAUCACUUGGAUUCUCCUGCGGGAGCCAAUUGAAGUCAGCUCAGACCAGAUGGCAAAGCUCCGUAGCCUUUCCAAGAACUCUGAGAAUGAACCUGUGAGCCCUCUUGUUGACAACUGGCGCCCACCACAGCCCCUGAAGGGUAGGAUAGUGAGAGCCUCGUUCAAGUGA